AUGACAGUAGGCAGAAUGGAGAGCGUGGAGGUCUUCACUUCCGAGGGCAAGGGCAGGGGCCUGAAGGCCACCAAGGAGUUCUUGGCUGCCGAUGUCAUCUUUGCUGAGCGGGCUUAUUCCGCAGUGGUUUUUGACAGCCUCGUUAACGUCGUGUGCCACACGUGCUUCAAGAGGCCGGGGAAGCUCCAUCGCUGUGGGCAGUGCAAGUUUGCCCAUUACUGUGACCGCACCUGCCAGAAGGAUGCUUGGCUCAACCACAAGAAUGAGUGUUCGGCCAUCAAGAGAUAUGGGAAGGUGCCCAAUGAGAACAUCAGGCUGGCGGCGCGAAUCAUGUGGCGGGUGGAGAGAGAGGGCACCGGGCUCACGGAGGGCUGCCUGGUCUCUGUGGACGACCUGCAGAACCACGUGGACCGCUUCGGGGAGGAGGAGCGGCAGGAGCUGCGGGUGGACGUGGACACGUUCUUGGAGUUCUGGCCGCCCCAGGGCCAGCAGUUCAGCAUGCAGUACAUCUCGCACAUCUUCGGAGUGAUUAACUGCAACGGUUUCACCCUCAGCGAUCAGAGAGGCCUGCAGGCAGUGGGUGUGGGGAUCUUCCCCAACCUGGGACUGGUGAACCACGACUGCUGGCCCAACUGCACCGUCAUCUUUAACAACGGCAAUCAUGAGGCAGUGAAAUCCAUGUUUCACACCCAGAUGAGAAUUGAGCUCCGGGCCUUGGGUAAGAUCGCAGUGGGAGAGGAGCUGACGGUGUCUUACAUCGACUUCCUCAAUGUCAGUGAAGAACGCAAGAAGCAGCUAAAGAAGCAGUACUACUUUGAUUGCACGUGCAAGCACUGCCAAAAAGGACUGAAGGACGAACUCUUCCUGGGGGUGAAAGACAACCCAAAGCCCUCUCAGGAGGUGGUGAGGGAGAUCAUACAGUUCUCCAAGGACACCCUGGAAAAGGUUGACAAGGCUCGCUCAGAGGGUCUGUACCAUGAGGUUGUGAAGUUAUGCAGGGAGUGCCUGCAGAAGCAGGAGCCAGUGCUUGCUGACACCAACCUCUACCUGCUGCGGAUCCUAAGCAUUGUUUCCGAGGUCCUCUCCUACUUGCAGGCCUUUGGGGAAGCCUCGGACUACGCCAGGAGGAUGGUGGAUGGCUACAUGAAGCUUUACCACCCCAACAAUGCCCAACUGGGCAUGGCGGUGAUGCGGGCAGGGCUGACCAACUGGCAUGCUGGUAACAUCGAGGUGGGGCACGGGAUGAUCUGCAAAGCCUACGCCAUUCUCCUGGUGACACACGGACCCUCCCACCCAAUCACCAAGGACCUGGAGGACAUGCGGGUGCAAGCCGAGAUGGAGCUGCGUAUGUUCCGCCAGAACGAGUUCAUGUACCACAAGAUGCGCGAGGCUGCCCUGAGCAACCAGCCCGUGCAGGUCAUGGCUGAGCCCAGCAAAGAGCCAGCCCCAGCCCUGUUCCAUAAGAAGCAAUGAGGACCUGCCCUGGGCGGGGUGGGAGUGGGUGGACGGCAAGCCUGGGGACGGGGAGAGAUACUGGGGGGUGAGGAAGUCGACGAGGAAGUUGGGAUAAUUCUCAGCCUUGCUGCUCUGGGAACACACUGCCCUGUGUUCUCCAGUGUCAUUUUGGUCCAAUUCGGUUUAACCCCAGCCCAGCCCACCAUGUAAAUACUUACCGGGUGCUCGGCCUUGGAGAUAAAGGAGUAAUCAGGGAGGCAGAAUGUUAACAAACAAUUAAA